UUUCCUGAUAGCCCCAGGGGAAGUGGGGUGUGGGUUUCUCUUGGAUUUUACAAGCUCGAAGGUGGGCGAAAAGGGCUUGGACAUACCUGGGUGAGUGUUGGGAGCGGGAUUUUCCCCCAAGAAAAAACCCGAAAGAGACUGAGAUGCAGAUCGGAAGGACACGAAAACCCGUUGCCGCACCUUCUCAUCCUCCGUAGCCCAGCUUGUAAGAAGGGACCAGUUUUCCUUCCUCUGCGCGUCUAAUAGUCAUGGAAAAGGGACCUUUGCAAUACCUGGUUUCAUACUAGUGGGUUUUGUAAUCUCUGAAGCUGCCUUCCCUCGGGCUUUGUUAAACACCUGUAGAGAGAGAAACUGCAGGGAAAGCUUAACCGAAAAUCUGCAAGGAGAUUAUCAGGAUGUCGAUCACAAACAGGUCGAUCUCUUUUAUCAUGGUCUUAUCAGAGGGACGCGGUUAAAAGACGAGAAAGGAUGGGAGGGCACACCAAGUGAAGCUAAGUCUAGGCAGAUGGCAGGGAGCAAAAUCUGCAGCUCGGGAAGGAAGUUUGCAAUAUAAUUCUUAGCUGGAGGCUUUUCCCCUUAAAGCUUAGAGUGAUUCUGGAUUGAUGACUUAGUUUUCACUAGUUUGAUGGCUGCAAUCUUUUGUAGAUAAAGUAGACCUAGCUUCCAUGAUAUUAUGGUUAUGGCCAGGCUAGAUUAUUAUAAAGUAUACCAUGAGAUUCUUCAGACAGCCGUUGAAACAGGCUGCAGAGUGUGUGUAUGUGUAUGCAUGAGGAGGAGAUGUGGAGAGAGAAAUGAAGCAUUUGAAUCAUGUUAUGCAUAUUCUUUGCCAGUACCAUUAAUUGCAUAUUUAUUUCCAGAUUCCAUUUAGUGUUGAUCUUAGUCAUUAAAGCCUCACAUGGUUUAGCUUGAAAUUCUUCCUUUCCAGGUAUGAACUUGUGUGUUCUGAGCUUGGCUUCAGAAUCCCUGCUUUCUGACCCACCUCUAAAACCUGUUAUUUGUGAGCAUUGAGGUUUGAGAGAUGAGAUUCAGCAUUUUGCUCUUUUUAUAAGUUUGUUUUUGAAUUAACUUAUUUUUUUAAAAAAACAUUGCUUUGUUUGCUUUUGCUGAAAGGAAUUUACCAUCAACUGUUCAUUUUUCAAACCACAUCCAUACUUCUAUUAUCCUAAUGUUAAUCAGUUCUUUAUUUUUUCCAAAAAUUAUACUACACCAAUAUUUGCAGGUGGAUGCAAGUAAUUAUUCUGCAUUUAGUUAUCAUUACGGCAGAUACUGUAGCCACAAUGUUAAUUAAAUUUCUGAUAUCUAAAUUUCUGAUAUAUAAUCAUAAAUGUUAAAUGUUAAUAUAAUUGAAUUUACUUCUACUUCAGUACAUUUUAGAGAAUAUUAGAUUUCUUGUAUAUUUGCUCAAUAUCGAGGUCUUGCAAAGCAAAUAAAAAUCCUUAUUCCCUUACUGGAGAGAAAAGGGAAGGCAUAAUUAAUAACAAACAUUAUUUCAAAAAUAAUAGACAUACACACUUUAAUUUAAUGUAUGCAUAAUUUGUAUGCAAUUAGACCAAAAUUCUUGUGGUAAGAAGUGAGAUACUGUUUAUAUGCUGUUAUACAAAGAAUUAAGACUCCAGUUGUUAAGUAUUGCUUUGCACAAAACACAAGGGAUAAUAUUGUUUGCCCUUCCACUUAUGCUCAGACAUUGAGGGUGGACACCUCUAGUGACAGCCCUAUAACACAAAGAGUCUUGCACAGAUCAGGGCUCCCAUUUUUGGGAGGACUUCAGUUCUCACAGUUUACCAUGCUUUUUGUAUUGAUGGCAGGGAUAAGGAAGCAUGCAAUAUGCUUGUAUAUGCAGUAAUUAGGGCUUCUCUUUCUUAAAGUCAAUUGAGCACUAGUCCUACAUCUAACCCGUUUGGGAAUACAUCCCAUUUAAUUAAAGAUUUGGCAGGUGCAUUUGUACAACAUAAUAAGCUUGGGUAGAGUUAAUUUCUUAGAUAUUGUGUAGUUUACCAUAAUGAGCAAACCCUGCUGUUAGGUUAGUUUAUGAUAUAUAUAGGUAGUUCUCAACUUACAACCAGUUAGUGACUGUUUAAAGUUACAAAGGCAUUGAAAAGGGUAACUUAUGACCAGGUCUCGCACUUAUGACCAUUGCACUAUCCCCAUGGUCAUGUGAUCAAAAUUAUUGGCAAUCGGCACGUAUUUAUGAUGGGUUGCACUGUUCCGGGGCUUUGUGAUCACCAUUUGAACCUUCCCAGCCAUCUUCUGACAAAAACAUGGGAGAAGCCAGAUUCACUUAACAACUGCAGUGAUUCAUUUAACAACUGUGGCAGAAAAGGUCAAUGACUGAAAUUUCUCUAGAAGAAGCUGGAAAAAUUCAAACAAAUUUCAGUACGGAUUCAUUCCCACUACUGCUCUGGAAAAAACCCUGCAAACUUCUAGCAACGUGAAGUUCCAACUAAGAUGGAAAGGAGACUUCUGUGUGCUGUGACUAAGAGGGAUAGAUGAAACAGUGGAUGUCUGUUUUUUUGGGCCAGGAACGUUUAAUCAGAAUCAACGAGGAGAAACAUAUACCAGAAUAUUCAAAACCUAUGGAAUUAUAUGGCAAAUCAGCAUGGAAAGGAGAAGAUUAUGGUUUCCAAAACUGGGAGCAGUCAAAAACUUUAACAAGCCAAGAAAGAGCAAAAUAUAUCCCAGGGGAGAAAGCAAAUAAAGCCAUUCCCUGCAGAGAAGGGAGCCCAGCUCCUUGUGGAACUAGUGUCCAGUUGAGAAUUGAUACUGUGGAUAAUGGAUGGAAGAGUGAGAAUGAUGGGAAACAAUCAGAAAAAGUCAAAUCUGAGGAACUGAAAGAGAAUUUUUGGAAUCAAAGCAGACCAACAGGAGAAGAAGGAAGUUUUGUGGAGAAAAGAGUUGAUAAAUCUAUUACUUCUCAAAGUAGAAGUUUCAGUGAAACCCCAGUGCAACCUAACAGCCAAACAGAUAAGAGAUGUAAUAAUUGUCUGAAUAUUCACCAGUUAAUCCAUGCAGAGGGAAAGUCAAAUAAAAACUUCAAAUUUGGAAAGAGUGUGAAUUGGAACCACAACCUUGUUGAUGGUCAAGCAUUUCUUGAAGACAAGAAACUCUAUAAAUGUUCAGAGUGUGGAAAGGGCUUCAAUCACAGCUCAAGCCUCCCUUCGCAUCAGAGAAUCAACACAGGAGAGAAGCCCUAUAAAUGCUUAGAGUGUGGGAAGAGCUUCAAUUCAAGCACAAGCCUUUCUUCACAUCAAAGGACACACACUGGGGAGAGACCAUUCAGCUGCUUGGAUUGUGGCCUGAGCUUCCGGGAUCAUUCAGGCCUUAUUAAACAUAAGCGGAUUCACACUGGGGAAAAACCCUACAGUUGCUCAGACUGUGGCCUGAGUGUUAGCACUCAGUCAAGCUUAGUUAGACAUCAGAGAAUCCAUACAGGAGAGAAACCAUAUCGGUGCACGGAAUGCGGGAAGUACUUUGGUCAGAGCACAGAUCUUGCUUCACACAGAAGAACCCACACAGGGGAGAAACCAUAUAAAUGCUUAGAGUGUGGGAAAAGCUUCAGUCGAAGCACAAGCCUAACUUUGCAUCAGCGCAUCCACACUGGGGAGAGACCAUACAGCUGCUUAGACUGCAACAAGAGCUUUUCUGAUCAGUCAAGCUUUAUUAAGCAUGAAAGAAGCCACACAGGAGAGAAGCCAUACAAAUGCCUGGAGUGUGGUAAGAACUUCAGUCGGAGCACAAGCCUUUCUUCGCACCAAAGGACACACACUGGAGAGAGACCGUUCAAUUGCUUGGACUGUGGCCAGAGCUUCCGGGACCAUUCAAGCCUUGUUAAACAUAAGCGGAUUCACACUGGGGAAAAGACGUACAACUGCUCAGACUGUGGCCUGAGUUUUACCACUCAGUCCAGCCUAGUUAGGCAUCAUAGAAUCCAUACAGGAGAGAAACCAUAUCCAUGCUUGGAGUGUGGGAAGUACUUUGGACAGAGCACAGAUCUUGUUUCACAUAGAAGGAUUCACACAGGGGAAAAGCCCUAUAAAUGCUUAGAGUGUGGGAAGAGCUUCAGUCGAAACACAAGCCUAACUUUACAUCAGAGAAUACACACCAGGGAAAGACAAUAAAGUAGGAAAAGCUGUUGUUUUAUCAGGCAAAAGAAAACAUAUGCAGAAAAGAAGUCAUAUUUAUAUGUGCAGAAAGAUCUUCAGAGAACUUCAAAGUAUAAACUUGGUCUUUUCAUCAGCCUAUGUAGACUUCUUUUACUUAAUUGUAUUUUUGAAGGUAGCCAUAUGAAAAAGUUAUCUUUUGGUACUCAUUCUCUUGACAUUUCUGCUAUGGUCAUUAAAAUAUAGAUUAGAAAUACAUUGGUAAUUCUAAUGCAUUGUUUAAAUUGAAAAGUACGAGUAAUUAAAUUUUACAUUCCUUGCAAAGAAUGUUCUAUUGGAUCAAAAGGUAGACAAAGUAUAUAUCUAUAAGAAAUUUUUAAAUACUUUCAGAGCAACCAUCUAAAUUUGCGUAAAAUAAUUGCAUGGAGUAAAAUAAACCAUGCUGUUUCCCCUGACAGUGCCAAUUAUAGCUUUUACGAGAAGGAAAUUAGGCUGAUAACCUAUAGAAUGGAGGGAAGCAUCUAGAUGCAAUUGCAAGCAAAGGGGAAAGCUUUAAUACAUUAAAGCUUUAAAGGACUGUAAUUGAUUACUAGGAACUUUUAAUAUAUUCCUGGAGAUAAGCUGCAUAAUGGGACUUAACCUCUGAGUAGGUUUGCAUAAAAUUGUGCUGUAAGCCAAUAAAAGGUCAAAGAGGAAAUGCAGACCAUUGAAAUCAGACUGAAUGUGUCUGAUCAAGGUUUGUUCUAUGUUGGCAAGAGCAGAAGGGGGGGGGGGGGAUCACUGGCAAUUAAGAGAAGAUAAACAAUGCCUGCAAGUAAAAUGCAAAAGGGAGCUUCUGAGAUAGGAGAGAUCUUGAGGAAAACAGUUGGUAUUUUAAAUUGCAUACUACAUACUUAUUUUGUUCAGUAAAUAUAGAUAGUCCUUGCUUAGCAAUCACAGUUGAGACCAGCAGCUGUCAUUAAGUGAAAUGGUUACUAGGUGAAAUGACUGCUUGUUAUCUUACGUCAGCUUUCCUUUCCUUUGCAGACCUGUGAAGAUCAUAAAUUUGAGGAUUGGUCACAAAGUUACUUUUUCAUCACUGUCAUAACUUUGAACAGUUGCUAAAUUAGGACUACCUUUAAUGCCAAAAUAUGCAGUAGCUGUAAAGGGAAUGUCAUAAAUUUCAUAUAAAAUGUAAAGUACAGGUAUUAGCAGACUGAAAGCUUAGAUUCCUUGUUGAAUAGUACUGCUGAAAUUGUGACUUCGUACAAUGUAACAACAGUUGGGAAAUUGAUAGUAGGUUUUUUUUUUCAGAUUGUUUCAUUCUGGAUUUAAUUUAAAUCAUUUUUUUAAAAAAAAGUUGAAUCACCAAGAUAUUAAAAACCUGCUGUUACACUUUA